AUGAGAGGUUGGAAACAUGUAACUUAUGUCGAGUCAAAUAAAACUGAUUGUUUCUUAUUUGUUAAUGAUUGUUGUGGUGCUGAUAGAGUUGAUACAACCAAAAAUUAUUUAUUUUUUGAUGACACAGCUGAUACACCAAAUAAGUAUUUUUAUUUUAAACAUGAACCUUCAACAGCAAAUGGAAGGAAGGUACUAAACUUAGACUUUUGGAGAGAGUCAAAAUAUUCAAAUACUAAUUAUAUAUUUGACCUUGAUGGAAUUCCUGAAUAUUCUACUUUGUAUCAGGGAGGAAGAGUUGCAUCAGACUCAUCAACUACAACACUUAUGCUACAUAAAGUUAUUGUUUAUUUUACAGUCAAUGAUACUUUUCAUGAAAAUAUUAUUUUAGAUUAUAAAGAAAAUAUUCCUCCAUUUCUUCUUAUCGAUGGAGAUGCUUCUGUUACAAUCAAAACAAAUUACUAUACCCCAAAGUGUACAUAUCACUACUCAACAAAAGGAAUAAAAACCACUAUAAAAACACCAAUUUCUGGAAAGGUUUCUGCAACAUACCAAUCGUAUAGUAUUUGUGAUAUUGAUGGAUAUUCUCGAAUUACUCUUUGUCCUUUAAAGAUAAUACCAGAUAAUGAUUGUACAUGUACUUUUAAAAAUUUUGAAUAUCAAAAUGGAUAUUAUGAUUGUUAUCACUUGAGUGAGCAUAGGAUUUUCAAUAUCAGUUCAGAUCAAGAACAAUUACCUGUAGAACAAAUUUGGUAUUCUUUUACGAAUAUUGAUGAUACCACUUUAUCUAUUCCAAAAAGAAAUAGUCUUUCAUUUGUUGGUAUUGUAGAACCACCAGAUUAUCCUAUGCGUUUUUAUGGUAAAGUAUAUUUUAAUAAUACUCUUAAAAUUACUAAAAGUGAUGUUUAUUUUAGUAUUGGUACUUUCUAUUUAAAUCAAGUAGAAAUAAAAGAUUCUGUCUCAAAUGAUGCUGUUCUAUUCAGAGGAAAAUUAAUGAUUGAUACUGAUGAAGAAAUAGAAAGAUUAAAUAAUAUUGGUAUUAAACAAGUACCUUGUGGUGAUUCAACAAGAAGAUAUAUCAAAACAACAAGUUCUAUAAACUGUAAGUGUACACAAACAUCACCAACUACCUUUACUCAAUUUGAUUGUGAUGAUUCAACUACUAGAAGAUAUGAUAAAUUUACAUUAGUUUUAUCUCAAGAUUAUAAUGGAGGAAAUGUAAAAAGAUAUUGGCAAAAAAUUAUUUCAGAAACAGAUCUUAAAUCAGUAACAAUUACUGGUGUAGGAAUUAAUGUAGAAGAUGUGUGUGAUUUUAGUAAAAUUUCAAAUAUUAAUAUUGACACAGACUUAAGAUGUUCGUCUUUGAAAAUAAAUUUAAUGUCUUCAAUUUCUGUUAAUGAAAAUUCUCAAUUCUCAUUUGAUUCUAUUACUACAGUUGGUGAUAUCACUGACUCAAAUUUAGAUGGAAAAGCAUUAAUUCAAGUUAACUCAGGUAAUUUAGUCAUUUCAAGUGCUAUUAAAAUAAAUUUCAGUUCCACUACUGUUGAUUGCUUUGAAUUAGCUUCUUCAAACUCUCCAUUUUCUGAUGAAUUAUCAUUAGUAGAGUCAAAUGAGCAUAAAGUUUAUGCUUUGGACCGUUUGUUAAGGGUAUGUAAGAAGGAGUCUAACAAUAUUGAUGUUUAUUGCACUAUUUCAGAUCCUAAUUAUAAUUUUGAUUAUCAACAGUGUCCAUGCCAAGGACCAAGUUGCUAUAUCCAAACUAAUCUCGAUAAAGUCAUACUCCCUGAUUCCACAAAUAUUGAAAAUGCUAUUCUUUUAUUGUCUCAAAACGUAAUAUUUUCAAAUGUUCAAAGUAUUGAUAACAUUCAAAUAACAGGUGAUUUUGAUAUUACUCUUGAAGGGACUCAAAACAUAUUUAUUGGAUCAAUUGAUGGACGAUCUCACAAACCAACACUAAUCACCAAAGGAGAUACAGUCAUUGAACGAACUCUCAGUGCAGUAAAGUAUAACCCACACUCAAAAUUAACGUUCUUAUCACAAAAUACUUUAAUUGAAGACAUUAUCGAAACAGAUACAUCAAUAAUUAUCAUUGACCGAGGUGUGACAAAAUUGGCAUUAAAUAGUUUAACUGGAGCUAAACAGAAAGAAACACCUCUUUUUGAUACUGUUUCAGCAUCAUUAUCGUUAAAUAUUAAUGGUAUGCCAACAAUUUCUAAUAUAAUGAGAUCAGUAGUAAAAAACACCAAGAGAAAGAUUGAAAUUAAUCAACCAGAACAAAUUAAAUUCAGUUGUGAUCGACAAGCUAUUGUUAUCAUGGAAGAAAGUCAAACAUCAAUCACAAAAGAAAACUGCAUAACAAUGAAUCUUUACCAAAGACAAUGUAUUCAAACAAAUGAAGGAUAUGUGGAUGUCAAUGGGGAUCUUGACUUUACUUGUCCAUGUUCAUCUAGGGAAAGUCAAUGUUCAAUCAUUCUAGCAAAAGGAAAUACAAAAAUGACAAUAAACGACAUUGAAGAAUUAUAUAUUUCUAAUAGUGCCACAUUAAUAGCAAGCUUUCAGAAGUUUAAACUUAUUACAACAAGUGGAAAACCAACAGACCAUUUUGUAAUUGAUGGAAAAAACAACUACAUUUAUUUAGAUGGAAUUAUAGGACAAACAAUUGAAUUUAAUGAAAAAAAUAUUAUUUCUGUUGUACAUGAUGGACUCUCAUUAAUUAACAUGAAAACAGGAACAACAAAUAAUAUAAUUAUAAAUGAAACAUCUUAUUGUACUGAUAUGUACAUUACUACUGGAAAAGUAGAAUGCUUAAAAUGUGGAGAAGGAAACCCAAUUGAGGGAGAUUGCCCAGAACGACCAAUUGUUCUUAAUUGCACUAAGUAUUCAACAGCUGGGAAUUGUGUUGAAUGUAAAGAAGGAUAUUACUUAAAAGGUCAAACACUGAAAUCUCAAAAUUGUUUUCCAUGUAAUAUCCAUUGUAAAAAAUGUAGUUCAGAUAGUAAAUGCUUAUUAUGUGAAGAUGGAUAUAAAGUUGGGUUAUCAAAUUAUUGUGAAUUAGUUUCAUCAGAGGUAUGUCCAAAUUAUAUUAUGGGAAUGUGCAGAAAGUGUCAAGAUGGAAAAUAUAGUUCGGAUGAACAAAGUUGUAAUAAGUAUUGUUCAGAACUCCAUUCAGGGUGUGGAGUAUGUAGCACAAAUAAUGGAGAGUGUUCAGUUUGUGAUAUUAAUGAUGGAUAUAUGUUGUCUUCAGGACAGUGUGUUAAACAAUCAAGUGCCUCUAUUGUAUCACCAAAUGGUGUAGUUCAAUGUAAUGAUGGAUGGUUUAAUGAUGAUGGAACAUGCAAAGAAUGUUCCAAAAAUUUUGGUUCAGAAUGUACAAAAUGCACAGCAACAGAAUGUCUUAGUUGUAGUAAUUCAUAUAUUAUCAAUUCGAAUGGAAUUUGUAUUGAUAAAACAGAUUGUUCAUUAGAAAAAGAUUCAACUUGUUAUAAAUGUGUUUCUGGGAAAUAUUUUGAUGGUUCUAGUUGUGUUAAUUGUCCAUUAAAAUGUACAGAAUAUGGAUUAUGUACUUCAACAAAACCAGAAAAUCAAUGUAUUGAAUAUCUUGAGGGAAACUGUAUUAAAUGUAAUGUGAGAUAUUAUCUAUCUAAUGGAGAAUGUUUACCAUGCAACUCUAACUGUUAUGAAUGUUUUGGUGAUGAAUCUUAUUGUAUUUCAUGUAAUGACAAAUACACAUUACAAAGAGAUGGAACAAAAUCAAUAUGUCAAAGUGAUGAUAUUCUUAAUGCUAAAUGUACUCAAAUGAUGAAAGCAGGGACUGGGUGUGCUAUUUGUAAAGAUGGAUUUUACAGAAAAGAUGUUGAUUGUCAAGAAUGUAUAAAGAAUUGUACUAAAUGUUUAGAUGGAAAUAGUUGUAUUUCAUGUGAAGACAAUUUCUUUUUGUAUAAUGGAAGACAAUGUAUUUCAUAUGAUAUGUUAACUUCAUGUAAAACUAAAACUCCAAAUGGAUGUACUUUAUGUGAAGAUGGAUAUGUUCUUAAAACACCUUACUGUCAAUCUUGUCUAGAAGUAACUGAACAUUGUACAUCAUGUUCAACAAUUUCUUGUUAUUCAUGUGAAGAAAAUUAUGUAUUAAUAGGAGAUAAAUGUGUACAUUACAGAGCCAUUGAACACUGCUCUAAAUCUACUGACUCAAAAUGUAGUAAAUGUGAUUUUUGGUAUAGUGUUUCAACAAGUGGAACAUAUUGCCAGAAACAACCAGUAGUAUGGUUUAUAGUAUUAAUAUGCAUAUUAGGAAGUAUUAUAGUUAUUUUGAUUAUUGCAGGUGUUGUUGCAUUGUCCUGUAUUAAACCAGCAUGCAUCUAUUUAAGAUGUAAAGAAGUUUGUGAGUUUAAAAUUACAAUUAACCCGGGUUGUACAUGCGUUAUAGAAGGUAGAUCAUUUGGAAUUGUAUAUAUAGGAGAAUUUAGAGGAAAUCAAGUAGCAAUUAAGAAAAUGAAACAAAUUGAAGAAAAUGAAAAUAAAAAGAAAGAAUUUGAGAAAGAAGUAAUGAUGUUAGAUAAAUUUCGAAGUGAAUAUAUUAUUCAUUUUUAUGGAGCAGUAUUUAUUCCUAAUAAAAUAUGUAUGAUAACAGAAUAUGCAAAAUAUGGAUCAAUACAAGAUUUAAUUAAUAAAAGAACAAACACAGAAAUACCAAAUAAAAUAAGAAUUAAAUUCAUGAUAGAUGGAGCAAAUGGAAUUUCAUAUCUUCAUUCAAAUGGAAUAUUACAUCGAGAUAUUAAACCAGAUAAUUUUCUUGUUAUAACACUUGAUGAUAAUAUUGGAGUUAAUUGUAAAUUAACAGAUUUUGGAAGUUCAAGAAACAUUAAUAUGAUGAUGACAAAUAUAACAUUCACAAAAGGGAUAGGAUCACCUAUUUACAUGGCACCAGAAAUAUUAAAUCGAGAACAUUACAAAAUGGCAUCAGAUAUAUAUUCAUAUUCAAUAACAAUGUUAGAGAUUAUUACAUGGCAAGAUCCAUUUCCAAAAGACAUGAAACCAUGGACUGUUGCAGAUAAAAUAUCAGCAGGAGAGAGACCUGAAACAAUUAAUAAAAUUCAAGAAGUAGAAUUAAAAAAGGUUAUUGAAAUGUCAUGGAACCAUAACCAAAAAGAAAGGAUUUUAAUUGGAGAUAUUAUGACAUUAUUAGAGUCAUAUCAAAACAAACAAUAUAAUUGA